AUGGGAAAGAGAGCUGAAGUUAUUUUGGGCGAAAAAGACAGCGGCAAGAACUGCAUUCUUUCCUGCGAGAAAAGGAAAGCUGAUGACACCGACUUGAAUAAGGACCUUAAAAAGGCGAAAUUGGAAACAAAGGCUUUGAAGGCGAAGAGGCCUGGCUUCACAGACGACCGGUACAAUGAGACUUCCUAUUACAUAGAAAAUGGCCUCAGAAAAGUUUAUCCCUACUACUUCACAUUUACGACGUUCACGAAAGGCAGAUGGGUUGGCGAGAAGAUCUUGGACGUGUUCGCGCGUGAGUUCAGGGCUCACCCCGCCGCCGAGUACGAGCGAUGCAUCAGAGCUGGCACCCUCACGGUCAACUACGAAAGAGUCGACCCCGACUACAGACUCAAGCACAACGACCUCUUAGCGAAUGUCGUCCAUAGGCACGAAGUACCGGUCACCAGCCAACCCAUCACCCUCGUACAUAUCGACGAGGACAUUGUGGUUGUCAACAAACCGGCCUCUAUCCCCGUGCACCCCUGCGGGCGAUACCGUCACAACACUGUCGUCUUCAUACUCGCCAAAGAGUACAACUUGAAAAACUUGAGGACCAUUCAUAGGCUGGACAGGUUAACGUCAGGCCUUCUACUAUUCGGAAGAAGCCCCAAGAAGGCGAGACAAAUGGAACACCAGAUCAGAAAUCGGCAAGUGCAAAAAGAAUAUGUUUGCAGAGUCGAUGGAGAAUUCCCCGAUGAAGAGAUAGAAUGUCAAGAGCCGAUAGAGGUGGUGAGCUACAAGAUCGGUGUAUGCAAGGUGUCGGCUAAAGGCAAAGACUGCUCGACGGUGUUCAAGCGGCUGGGGUAUAACACGCGGUCUAAUACUAGCGUAGUGCUGUGCAAGCCGAAGACGGGACGCAUGCACCAAAUCAGGGUGCAUCUACAGUACUUGGGUUAUCCAGUGGUGAACGAUCCUCUUUACAACCAUCCGGUAUUCGGACCACUUCGCGGCAAGGGCGGCGACACAGGUGGCAAGACUGAUGAACAGUUGGUGCGGGAUCUGAUAGCCAUACACAAUGCUGAGAAUUGGCUGGGGGUGGAUGCAGCUGACGACGACUUGCUUUUCUCCAAGCCCGCAUCCGAUGAUAAAGUGGGCGAGGACGACUGCGACACUGGCCCCGCGUCGAGGGAGUCGUCGCCGCGGCUCGAGUCCCCCGCGCCGGGGGUCACGCCCUCCACCGUGCUCACGCCAACGAUGCCUAGUCCGUCGAGCGGCGCGGAGGCCCCCGUCGAGGCGGCUACUUCGCCCUCCCGCACAUUGGCGCCUUCGCCCGCGCCCUCGCCUGUGCUCAACGAGGACUCCAACGAUGCCAAGUCUGACAAAGUGACAGUGGCCACGCAGACCGGCUGCGCCCCGACGGCGAGCUCGUCGACGAGCGCAUCCGCGGACGCGCUGUCACCCGACCCGCACUGCUACGAGUGCCGCGUGCGGUACCGCGACCCGCGACCCCGCGAUCUGGUCAUGUACCUCCACGCGUGGAAGUAUAAGGGACCUGGCUGGGAAUACGAGACGGAACUGCCGCAAUGGGCGGGCGUGGACUGGGAGGAGCCAGAGAACUCAUAG